GUUUCGAAGUGGAGACAAACAGCUCGUGCAUUAGACUUUUGAUUUAGUUGGUUUGCAAUGAGACGGAGAAAUUUAAAACCAAGUGAUGCGCAGAAUGACACAUCUUCCAUCGCACGACAGGAUCAUUCAAAAGCGCAUUCCGAAUUUCAUUGGGAUCUCUGGUUGAUUCUUGCAUUGGAUAAUUGGAUCUUUGAUUUCGGAAGGCCAAUAGCUGCGCUGUUUGUACCUCUAGAGUGGUCUCCCUUGAAUAAACCCAGCAUUGGGGAUUACUUUCACAUGGCCUACAAUGUGAUCACACCUUUCUGCUUACUGAAGCUUUUAGAGCGAUGUCCGAAGAAGAUUUCAUCUACAGUGACGUAUCUGACUGUGAUUACGUUUGUGAUGGGCGCGAGUCUUCACCUGGUGGGAGAUUCAAUCAACCAUCGACUAAUCCACAGCGGGUAUCUCAAUCAUCUGUCUGUACGGGAAAACCCCAUCAUGAAACAACUACAGCCUCACUCACUGGUUGCUUCAUUUGAACUCCUGUAUGCAUAUGAUGAAGAAAUUGGACAUUUGAUGUGGUAUAUUCCUUUCUUUGUCACUGUGUGCUUGUAUUUCUCCGCAUGCUUUGUGAAGAAAUCCUCGUUGGUCACCAAAUUGUCAGUGACAAAAUGGAUACUAGUGAAGUUGUCUGCAUUGUAUUACUGGUAUUUGGUGACAGAAGGUCAAGUGUUUGUCAUAUUUUUGCUGACCUAUGUCUUCAUGCUGUUCACAACUCUGAGAGAGACAAAACGAGGCAACAAGCUGGACAUCAACGGUUGUUUCUUGUUAAUGGUCUUCUCUGUGACCCUGGGACUGGUGGCGGUGUGGGUGGGGUGGCUGUGGAGAGACCCAGUCCUGAGGGCGAGGUACCCAGGCUUCCUCUACAUUCCUGAACCCUGGGCAUAUUACACCCUCUACAUUAAGGCUUGAUGACAAGUUAUUAUGUGUUAACGAAUGUUAUUUCAAGGAGAAGAAAACAUAAAAAUGAUGCACCUUCAGAUGAAAUGGUGUGAAAAGUUAAGUGUAAAUGUUGUGUUCAGCAUUCUUUUUGGAAUCGAGAUCUGAUCAGAGAAAAUAUUGAAGACCAUAUUUAUUAAUAACUUUUGACAUUCUGUCAUCUGAAGUAAACUUAUAUUAUUAUGUUUUCUCCACCUUAAAGAAUCUUGAUUUGUUGAUUUUUGGCAUUGAAUGCCUGAAAAAAUUGUUCU